AUGAAGCGGCCGGCCCCGGAGGAGGAGGCGUGCGGGCUGUGCCAGCGGGCGGACCGCGACCCCGAGGUCUUUGGGCAGACGUGCCGGCGGGACGGGCUGUGCGUCCACGAAAACUGCCUGUACCACGCCAGCGGGCUGAGCCAGAGCGGGGCCGACGGCGAGGGCUUCUACGGCUUCCUCUUCGCCGACAUCCGCCGGGAGCUGAAGCGGGCGGCCCAGAAGACCUGCUGCGUCUGCCGGCGGCGGGGGGCCUCCGUCGCGUGCCGGGGCCGGAGGUGCCCCCGAAACUUCCACUUCCCCUGCGGCGGCGAGCGAGGCUGCGUCUCCCAGUUUUUCGGGGAGUUCAAGUCCUUCUGCUGGCAGCACCGGCCGGUGCAGCGGGCGCGGGCGCCGCAGCGGGGCCAGACCCGCUGCCUCAUCUGCCAGGAGGCGGUGGCGGGGCGGCCCCGCUUCGGCACCUUGGUGUGUCCCGCCUGCCGCAGCGCCUGGUUCCACCGCGGCUGCAUCCAGGGCCAGGCGCUGCGCUCUGCCCUGCACCACUUCCGCUGCCCGCUCUGCCAGGACGUGGCGACCUUCCAGGCCGAGAUGUUUCGCCUCGGCAUCAAAAUCCCCGACAGGGACGCCGCCUGGGAAGAGGAGGGGGCCUUCGACGACCACUACCGGCGGCACAGCUCCUGCGACGCCAGCGCCUGCCUGUGCCCGGCGGGCCGGGAGCUGGCGGAGGAGGAGGGACCCUGGCGCUUGCUGCUCUGCGACUCGUGCGGCUCCCGCGGCACCCACCAGCGCUGCAGUGGCCUCGCGGAGGCCACCGGGACCUGGGAAUGCGGCGACUGCGCCGGCCCGGGCACCGCAAAAAUAUUUAACUUAAGUUAA